UUCACCCUACUCUUGGGUUUCCGGUUUUUUUUGAGAGGGGUUAGCAAGGAAAGAAGAAAAAAAUUCUAAGUAAAUCUUAAAAAAAAAGCUUCAAGUUAAAUAUUUGCUGCCGGUCUCAUAGCGAAGUGCCAACGACGCGGAAGGAUCGGACCAGCUGAACUAUGGCCAGCAACAACGUGUCAUAUAACGAUCAGGGGGACCGGGGCCUGGGAGGGGAAUCGACCGAAUUGGGCCAAGAAGCAACGGCGAUGACUUCAGGAACAGUGACCGGCGCGGCUUUUCGGCUCUUCAGCGCAGACUACAAGAAGAAUGAAGAUCUGCAUCAGAUGCUGGAGAGCAACAAGGAUUCACUUAAACUGGAAGCCAUGAAGCGAAUUGUUGCAAUGAUUGCCAAAGGAAAAAAUGCUUCGGAGUUAUUUCCUGCUGUGGUGAAGAAUGUGGCCAGUAAAAACAUUGAGUUGAAGAAAUUGGUAUAUGUUUACCUUGUGCGUUAUGCGGAGGAGCAACAAGAUUUGGCCUUGUUAUCAAUAAGUACAUUUCAGCGUGCGUUGAAGGACCCUAAUCAGUUGAUUCGGGCAAGUGCUUUGCGAGUCCUGUCCAGUAUCAGAGUAUCAAUCAUUGUUCCAAUAAUGAUGCUGUCUAUUAAGGAAGCUGCCAGUGACCUGUCUCCAUAUGUCCGGAAAACUGCUGCCCAUGCUAUUCAGAAACUUUACAGUCUAGAUCCAGAGCAGAAGGAGCCUUUAGUGGAGGUCAUUGAACAGCUACUGAAAGACAAAAGUACGCUAGUAGCUGGAAGUGUUGUAAUGUCAUUUGAGGAAGUCUGCCCAGAGCGAAUUGACCUGAUUCACAAGAAUUACCGCAAGCUAUGUAACUUAUUGGUAGAUGUGGAGGAGUGGGGACAGGUCGUGAUAAUCAACAUGCUCACUCGUUAUGCCCGAACCCAGUUUCUAAGCCCAUGGAAAGAGGAAGAGUUGCAUGAAGCAAACCGUGAAAAAAAAUUCUAUGAUUCUGAUGAAGAAAAGGAUGAUAAUGAUGGCAUUGAUAUACCGGUACCAUAUGUGAUGGACCCAGAUCACCGCCUGCUCCUCCGUAACACCAGGCCUUUAUUACAAAGCAGAAAUGCUGCAGUUGUAAUGGGGGUUGCUCAGCUUUACUGGUAUCUUGCACCGAAGUCAGAGGUCAACAUUGUUGCAAAGUCUUUGGUUCGAUUGCUUCGAAACCAUAGAGAAGUGCAGUACAUUGUCUUACAGAACAUUGCUACGAUGUCUAUAAAAAAAAAGGGAAUGUUUGAGCCAUACUUGAAAAGCUUUUACGUUCGGUCAACCGAUCCAACCCAGAUAAAAGUUCUGAAGCUCGAGAUUCUGACAAACUUGGCCAAUGAAGCCAACAUCUCUGCAGUCUUACGAGAGUUUCAGACCUAUGUGAAAAGUCAGGACAAACAAUUUGCUGCAGCUGCAGUUCAGGCAAUUGGAAGAUGUGCUACAAAUAUUUCUGAAGUUACCGAUACCUGUCUUACUGGGUUGGUCUAUCUGCUGUCCAACAGAGAUGAAAACGUUGUUGCAGAAAGUGUAGUGGUCAUUAAGAAGCUGCUUCAGACUCAGCCAUCACAACACAGUGAAAUCAUCAAACAUAUGGCCAAGCUUCUAGAUAAAAUUACAGUGUCCAUGGCUCGUGCUAGCAUCCUGUGGCUGAUAGGUGAAUACUGUGAGCACGUACCAAAGAUUGCACCGGAUGUCCUGAGGAAAAUGGCAAAAGGCUUUAUAAAUGAAGAGGAGAUAGUGAAACUGCAAAUUCUAAAUCUGGGAGCUAAGCUGUAUCUCACAAACCCCAAGCAGACAAAAUUGCUUAUGCAGUACAUAUUAAAUGUAGCCAAGUAUGAUCAGAACUAUGACAUUAGAGAUCGUACAAGAUUUAUCAAGCAGCUGAUAGUUCCAAAUGAGAAGAGUGGAGCUUUAAGUAAAUAUGCUAAGAAAAUAUUCCUUGUCCAGAAACCAGCACCAGUCCUCGAAUCUCCAUUUAAAGAUAGAGAUCGUUUCCAACUGAGUACGUUAUCGCACUCGCUGAAUACUAAAGCAGAUGGGUAUCUAGAGCUUCCAGACUGGCCGAGGACAGCCCCCGACCCUUCUGUCCGAAAUGUGGAAGUCAUUCAGGCAACUAAGGAAGUGGUAAUGCCUGUAGGUAAGCCAAAAGCAAAGAAGGACUCUUCAAAGGACAAGUUUUACUCUGACUCAGAGGAGCAGGAGGAAUCCAGCGAAGGCAGUACAUCAAGUAAUGAGAGUGAAACUGACAGCAAGAGUGACGAUAGUAGUGCAAGUUCAAGCGAAGAUUCAAGUGACAGUGAAUCAGAAAAAGUGAAAAAAAAUGAAGUCAGCAAUGUUUUCAGUGAAAGUUCCAUGACAGAAAAUGGCAAAACUAAAUCCAGAAGGAUAAAAUCUGCAAGUACCAGUGAGUCAGAGGAGAGUUCAUCAGAGGAUAGUUCAGAAUCUGAAUCUGAGAGUGACUCUGAAGUCGACAACAUCGCAGACCAAAAGAAAAAGAGUAAAACGAUGCCACAAGUCAAAGGCACUGUCAAGCAGGAAGUUUCGCUGCUUGAUUUGGUUGACCUUUCUGAUGUUUCAACACCAGUAGCUGUGCCUAAAACAGCAAUGACUUCAAGAUUGGCCACUGAUUUGGAAGGAUUAUCACUUUCCGGUGAUUCUUCUGUCAUAAAUGUUACAACUCCUGUAUUUGUUCCAGCAAAAUCAUACGAGCUACUUCAUCGAAUGUCUGGAAAGGGUCUUGGUGCACGAUAUCACUUUCCACGUCAACCAUGUAUUUAUAACCCCAAGAUGGUAUCUGUUCAUAUCACAUUCACCAACAGCUCUGACCAAGAAAAACGGAAUAUCCAAGUCGGGGAGCGGAAGCUUGCGUCAGGGAUGAAAAUGCAUGAUUUCCAUGAAAUAGACAGCCUUGAGCCUGGGACAUCAAAGACAGUUUCAAUGGGCAUUGAUUUCUGUGACUCCACACAAACUGCUAACUUUCAACUAUGCGCAAACGAUGAUCAGUUCAGUGUGAGCAUCCAGCCUCCAGUAGGUGAGCUGCUAUUGCCAGUCGCAAUGUCUGAAAAGGAUUUCCUAAAAGAACAAGGGAAACUGACAGGAAUGAAUGAAAAUUCGACGACUAUAACAGGUGCUCCACAGAACAAUUCCUGCCAGGCAACUGUGAAUAAGGUGGUAAGCAUGGCUAAUAUUGGAAUGGUGCCUUCUAGCCAAGAUAACAUACACAGAUUUGCAGCUAAAACUGUGAACAGUGGAGCUUUGGUGCUAAUCACGACUCAAGCAAAGGAAGGCUCAACAGUACAACUCAGCAUAAACACGGAAAAGACUGUGAUUGGUUCUGUACUGCUGCGAGAACUUAAGACUGUGCUGUCUCAAGAGUAAACAGGGUAGAUCUACAAGCAAGAGUCUGGCAGAGGGUGUGCUGGCUAGCCACUGCUAUAAUUUUUUCAUCUAUAAUUUCCCCUUCAUUAAAUACUUGCAGUCUUGCGUCCCUUUGAAAUUCCAAUAUUUACCUAAACUCAUACUUUUACCUUUUCUUAUUGAUAAACCAACACAUUUCCAUAUAAUUACCUAAACUCUUGAGACACUAACUUCGGAAUUGGUUAUGUUUAUGCAUUGAUUAUUCCCAUACGUUGUUUAGGGUAUUUCUUUUGUGUGGGCAAAUGUUGAGCGCAGUUGACAUUGUGAUCUAUUGUUCUAGCGUGACUGUCUCCAGAGAUGUGCGUAACAACUCAUCAUAGCACAUUAUGAUUCCAAGAAAGGCAUCUGAAACUAAAGUCGGUACCAAAAAAAUCAUACCCAGAUGUAUAUUCUUUUUGAGAGCUAUUGAUUGAGAAGAAUUAAAGAUAAAGAUGAUGUGCCAUUAUAUCUUCUGAACCAAAAGUAAACUUUAUCUAAAGAAAUUUAUACUUUUGCCCAAAAGUCCUUUUUACUGUUUGUUUUAAUGCUGUAUUAAGAAUCUUAUAGCAAUUCAGAGCUUAUCUCAAUACUUUGUCUCAUGUGUCUAUAUGAUCAUGGUCAGAUAAAGUCCUUUCACAUCUUGGAUAGUUGGAAAGAAAGUAAAACACUGGAUUUCAGGUUAACAUUACUUCGUAAAAGUACAAUGCAAGAAAUAUCGAUUUGAUUGGUUAUAAGUCAUUAUUGGAAUUUGAUCAGUUAUGAUCUAGUAGUAAAAUGCAUUAUGCAAAUGUCCUAAACAAGAUCCUGUUACCAACAGACCCAUGUGUCAGAUUUUGACAGAGAGUUCCCUUCAGACACUUCCCUUCAGAUUCCUUCUCUUUCAUUAGGGAACCUGCUUCAAAUUGUUCCAAAGCGCCUCCUGGUGGUUGGCUCGUUAAGUACACUUUGGAAGAUGGAAAGGAGUCACCAUCAAGCAGUGUUGCAAAGAGGAACGAUAUUCCGUAAUGGUUCAGAAUCAUGCCAUUCCUAAAGAUCUUAAAAAAUACUGAUAUGGUUUUAAGUAGAAACCAUCUUCAAUGAGGUAAUUGACAGUAAACAUGCUUUAAAAUGCUUUACCAAUGAUAUUUUACCAAUAAUGAUUGAAGUUUAUAGAGUUUACUGUUUAGAUUUUUCUCAACGACUUCUGCAGAAUGAAAUUUCUUGGAGUUUGAAGUACGCAGCUUUUCCUAAUCAUAAAUGGGAAGAAAGUACAGUUUGUGCUUGAUUUAUUUUGUUUUAGAGCGAAUUGGAAAAUAAUGUAAUAAAUCUUGAUAGCUUUUUCUUCCAUGUCAAAGUAAAAGGGGGAAAUGGCUGUUUAUGGAACAGCUUGCUUGCAUCUUAAUCUUGAUUAUGUGCCAGUUCUCCAAUUACUAUUGUUAGUCUACUGAGAAUAGUCACUAACAGUACUUGGAGAUGCUUGUAAUGCUGUUUAUUUUCUUCCUCCAUCAUUUGUUUUGGAAGUAAAAUGCAAAAGUGUGCUUAUUAAAUUUCCAAAUGGCUCUGA